UUCAUUGGACAUUGAGAUUGAGGCAUUCUUAUUCUUGCUUUGUCCUGUGUGUAUUUAAGAUAAGAUUAAUUAAUUACUAUCGUAAUAAUAAUAAAAAAUAAGAAAAAAAGUCAGUGUUGAUAAAUUUUCUGGUUAAAAUGUCAUGCACACCAGGACUCAUUGUCAAAUGGGGGACUGAUGAGCGCGAGAUUAAAGACAUUGUUGAUGAUACAACAAUUGCUGAGUUGAAGGCUAGAAUUUAUGAGGAGACGGGUGUCCGUCCUGAUCGCCAGAAGCUUCUUAAUCUCAGAUUGAGAGGCAAAUUAGCCGAAGAUGAGCAAACGAUCGGAACAAUUGGCCUCAAACCGGGUUUCAAGCUACUCCUAAUGGGUUCCAGGGAGGAGGACAUUGCAGAAGCAAGCAAUCCCCCCGAGAAUAUGGGACAAGUGAUAAAUGAUCUGGACAAUGAGCAAGAGGGCGAAGAAAUUGUAGUGGAAAAUGCCGAGAUUUAUCUUGCAAAGAUCCAUAAGCGAAUUCAAAACUACAAGAUCAAUGAGUUGAAUCCUCUGAGAGAAAACAAAAAGCUUCUCGUCUUGGACAUUGAUUACACCCUCUUCGAUCACCGCUCUGUGGCUUCCAGUGGGUUUGAGCUGAUGAGACCAUAUCUCCACGAGUUCCUCACUCGAGUUUACAAGCAUUAUGACAUUGUUAUUUGGUCAGCCACAAGCAUGAAGUGGAUAAACGAGAAGAUGAAACUGCUGGGAGUCACCGAUAAUCCCGACUACAAAAUCGCUUUCCAUUUGGACUAUCUAGCCAUGAUCUCAGUCUGCACACCCAAGUACGGUCUCGUUGACGUGAAACCCCUGGGUGUCAUCUGGGGCAAGUAUCCAGCAUACUCAGCCAAGAACACAAUAAUGUUCGACGACAUCAGGAGAAACUUUCUCAUGAAUCCCAAGUCAGGGCUGAGGAUUAAGCCCUUCAGACAGGCUCACCUUAAUCGAGACAAAGACAGAGAACUUUUAAAACUUGCUGAGUACCUCGAGCUGGUUGCUGAUGUUCAGGACUUUCAGGUGCUUAACCACAGAAAGUGGGAGGAAUACAAGAGCAAGAAACACCGCAGCAGGAGGAGCUAUAGAUCAAACGAUGAGUUUCAUGGAUAGAUAUAAUAUGAGUUUUUUGCUUCCUUCCUUCCUUCCUUCCUUCCUUCCUUCUUUCCUUUCUUUCUUUCUUUCUUUCUUUCUUUCUUUCUUCUAUUCCAAAUUAUUAAUCAGAGUUACCUUUCUCUUCACUUUUCGGUUUUUUCUCAUUUUAGUGCUCAUUGAAUGGGCAAGACUGAAUAUGAUUUAUCUUUAUCUUAUCUCAACUUAGUUGGACUAUCACCAAAUGAAAAUUUUCUCUUCUUUUCCUAUGUAAAAAUCAUUUUAAUGAUAACUAAUGAUAAUCUGUUUCCAGUCUUUCUCACGAAUAGUCAUGGUUUUUGCUAUUUCAUAAUCAUUCCCUUAAUUUCAAGAUUCAUGGAAAAUUUUGGAGAAAAAUUGAAAAAUCCUCUCGUAUUUGUAAUAUUGCAAUAAAAUUCUGUCAUUAUGCAGAGUGUUGAUAAAAUUUA